AGUUGUGGGAUGUUAUUCAGUAGAGCAAUUAUUCAAAACUGGACUGUUGUGUCCUAUGGAUCAGAUGUAUGAAUGGAGGAGGAAGAAUGAAGCAUAAUGCUAAAGGGAACACUAUGCCUUUAGUGAAGCACGGUGUCGGGUCAGUGAUGCUCUGGGGCUGCUUUGCUUGCUCUGGAGCUUGUGGAGGGCAAGAUGGAGUCAGUCCAGUUUAUACUGGAAAAAAUCCUAGGAGAAAAUGUUGUGCUGUCUGUGGAGAAGCUGGUCGGCCAAACAGGCCAUCAUAGUAGCCUCUCCUGAAUUCUGAGAAAAAUCUCUGGGGGGCGGUUACAGCAGGCAAACCCAAGAACAACUGGAGGCCGUUGCUCAUGAGGAGUGGGGCAAAACCUCUUCAGGAACGCUGCCAGAAGCUGGUGUCUAAAUCUGAAUAAUGUUUGCAGGUCAUAACAAAAAAGGACACGCUACUAAUUAUUAAAUACGCUUGUCUUGAAGGGCUUGAACAAUUUUGAACGUGCAGUAGUCAUUAAUCUGCAUUUAAUCUGGAGAAAUUACAUGCAUUGCGUUUGAACUAUUCUUUCUCGAUUGGUUUAUUGCAACCAGCUUCAGGUUUGUAUGCAUUUCCACUACACCUCAUUUGCAGAAGGGGUUUAAUAAGUAUAGGUGGAGCAGCCAACACACUCUUACCUCCCCAGACAGUCACCGUCCUCACUUUACAAGUUACUAAUGGUGAAUCAAAACCACACAGACUGGCUUGGAAAGUAAAGGGUUUUUACCAUUACCCACUGUUUGUGAUUCCAAACAUGCAAAAUAAACAUUUUUGUGACCAAGCUAAAUGACAGCGCAGGCAAGAAGUUUCCAACUCUGCAAAAAGUUAAUUAUCUUCAUCAAAGUCAAACAAGCUGAACAAGGCUAGGUUCAUAUAAUUAAGCAACAAGAAAUCCACCAUACAGGAUAAAGCUUUAGGUUUAUAUGAUACUGACUUAACCAAUCCUGGUUAUAAUUUAGUGAUGGAGAAAGGAGUACAAACUACCCAUUCUGGAACAGGAAGUGAAAGUUAUGUGGGCCGUGCCACUCUGUGCAGUUGUAGGUAUGAUGCUUGACUGAGCCAAGGCGGUGACACAGUGGUUUCAUCAGUCAUGUCAGUUUUUCUGUAGCUGCUCCUCCACUUCCUUAUUCAGCCUGCAGUACGUUUCCUCUUUCAGUAACUGAUAUCAUUCCUCUUCAACACUCUGCUUUGGGUGUUUCUCUGCUUUUGAGCUGAAAAUUGCAUUACGAGUCUGCACUUAUUCGACUGAUGUUGGUGUCAGUGUUGCCAGGAUUGAGUUUUGUUCUGUUUUAGAGAUCUGGAAGAGGAUUUCUGAGCCGUAGAAGAUCUAAUGCCGCCCUACAGGUUUUCCGUAUGAGGGAGAAGGAAGCCUCAGAGUGAAACUGUGACAGUCAUGUGGGUCUCUCUGCAGUAGUCUACGUUCUCUGUGUGUCAGUUUCUGUGCGCACGAUGUCGGGUGACAUCGAGACCUUAUCCUGGAGGAACAUGUCUCCCAGUAGCCAGUCGGUUUCCUUGGAUCUGUCUCCCAAAACGCAGAUAAGCAGGGAUAGCAUCUUCCCAGUGAAGAUCAUCAAAGUGUGCUUCCUCAGCAACAGCUCCAACCUGGGGAAGAACUUCAAACUGGUCCGCUGUGAGGAGGGGUGGACAAUCAAGAAUGUCAUCCAUACGGUGCUGUCCAGCGGCUGCGUGGGUCCAGACAUACAGCACAGCCUCUGUUACAGCCUUCUUCUCAAACACCUCAAGUCCUCAGAGAUGCACUGGCUGCAUCCAGAUCUGACUGUGACUGAGCUCACCCAACGCUAUGAGCAGCAGCAUAUCGAGGCCGAGUGGAGAUAUGACCUGAGGAUCAGAUACAUCCCAUCAGACUUCAUAGAGACCUUUAAGGAUGACAGAACAACCAUGCUCUACUUUUACCAACAGGUUCGAAGUGAUUAUAUGCAUAAUUAUGCCUCCAAGGUCAGCGAUGGGAUGGCCUUACAGCUUGGUUGUCUGGAAAUCAGGAGGUUCUACAAAGACAUGAAUCCAAAUGGACUGGAGAAAAAGUCCAACUUUGAACUGCUGGAGAAAGAAGUAGGGCUGGAGCUGUUCUUUCCCAGAGAGCUCAUAGAGAGUAUGAAGCCCAAGCAGCUGCGACGGCUGAUCCAGCAGACGUUUCAGAGCUACUCGACGUUUCAGCAGGACCAAUGCAUGGCGAAGUUCUUCACCACGUUGUCUCAAUGCUACAGCAUCACGGAGGAAAGCUACGGCUGCCAGCUGGUGCACGGCUGGAAUCUGGCCAUAGACUUGGUCAUAGGAGCCGACGGGAUCAGUCAACAAACUGAUAACUCAAAACCUAUUUGUCUGGCCAAGUUCUCUGACAUCCGCAGUAUCUCCUGCACUGCUGAAAGUGAUGGCCGUGCCCUUCUCACCGUGCACAUAGAGGGAUCCAAACAGGCGCUAGCAGUGAACACCUCCUCUCUGGCCGUAGCAGAGAACAUGGCCGACCUGAUCGACGGCUACUGUCGACUGGAAGGAAAAGCCGAGAGUUCGCUCAUGGUCAGACCCAACAAAGGAAGAGACGCAAGACUAAAGCUUCCAGACAUACCUCAACGAGCUGGUCCCAUUGGUCCUGAUAGAGGUUUAAGUUCUGAUAUUUAUGCAGAGAUUCCAGAAUUCACAGCAAUGUAUGAUGAUAAACAUCGGAUCUCCAGGGAUGACAUUCUUGUAGGCCGGAUCCUGGGCGAAGGAUUUUUUGGAGAAGUCCAUGAUGGAGUUUACAAAAGUGCAAGCGGGGAACGAACCCGUGUGGCGAUCAAAACAUGUAAAGACUGCUCCACUGAGGUGAAGGAGAAGUUUCUAAGUGAAGCAGAGCUUAUGAAGAACCUGGACCAUCCUCAUAUUGUGCGUCUCAUCGGAGUCAUUGAGGUUGAUCCAGUCUGGAUUGUCAUGGAGCUCUAUGAACAUGGAGAGCUGGGAAACUACCUGGUGGAGCAGCAGUACAUACUAAGCACAGCGAAGUUAACCCAGUACUGUCUCCAAAUCUGCAAAGCCUUGGCUUAUCUGGAGAGACUCAACAUGGUACACAGAGAUAUUGCCGUUAGAAACGUCCUAGUUGCAUCUGUUGAAUGCGUUAAGCUUGGUGACUUUGGACUGUCCCGCUACAUCGACGAACAAGAAUAUUAUAAAGCCUCAGUUAGUCGACUACCGAUCAAAUGGAUGGCCCCUGAAUCCAUCAACUUUAGGCGCUUCACCUCAGCCAGUGAUGUCUGGAUGUUUGGCGUGUGUGUUUGGGAGAUCUUCUCGUUGGCCCAGCAGCCUUUCUUCUGGCUGGAAAAUGGCCAGGUGAUCAACCAGCUGGAGUCAGGGGUACGGCUCCACAAACCCCAGCAGUGCCCUCCCACCAUCUACAGCCUGCUCACCCGUUGUUGGGCCUACGAGCCGCAUAGCCGUCCCACCUUCGGCGAGCUCGUCUGCUCCUUCAGUGAGAUCCACAAGAUGGAGUUGGAGCAGGAAACUGAUAUAAGAAGAGGAAGGUCCCACUCUCUCUCAUCCAGCUUAGAUCCCACCCGUGCAGAGCCUCCACCAAAGCCAUCCAGAAUUCAUGGCAACACCCUCAGACCCACAAAGCUUCCAGGGAAAGACAACAGGACUUUGUGGGAGAAGGAGAGAGUGGAGGACACUUUACAAAGACAGAGGCAAGAGAUGCUGAAGGACAAACAGUGGCUGGAGCAGGAGGAGAGACAACUGGACCCUAUGGUGAGACAAGAUUCCCAAACCAAGCUUUCUGAAAAAAGGCCAGAAAAUGGUCCCCCAGAGAAACCCCCAAUGCCUCCCCCAGUCUCCCAGCCUCAGCCCACAGCUGAGCUGGACCGGUCCGGGGAUGAGGUCUACACCGCUGUCAUGGCCAUGGUGAAGCAGGUGGUGCGGCUGAAAAAUGAUGUCAGCAUGCUGCCCGCCUCGGAGUAUCCCAACGCUGUCAAGGCUUUAGGAAUCACUCUCCGCAGUCUGAUUCAAAGUGUCGAUGAGAUACUGCCAUCUCUGCAUAGCUCAAUCACCACAGAGAUCGAGGGCACCAAGAAACUGCUGAACAAGGAUCUGGGCGAGCUGAUCAACAAGAUGCGGCUCGCCCAGCAGAACUAUGUAACGUCGCUGAAGGAGGACUGCCAGAAGCAGAUGCUAGCAGCCGCUCACACACUGGCGCUUGACUCCAAAAACCUGCUUGAUGCCGUGGACCAGGCUCGGGUCAGGGCCAACCUGGCCAGGCCCAAACCCAACUCUCAAGAUAAAGGAGAAGAAGAUUCAAGCGAAUAGGGGAAAAUACACAUUCCUGGUUGGGGCAGGAUCCUUAUUUUUAGAACAUGUGGAGGUUAUUCUGUUUCAUGCUUGUGAAGGUAAACUGAAAGAAUGAUAGGGAAAUGUGAAACAUUAUCUAAAAACAGCAGUUUAAUUCUGCUUCUUUAUUUUCAACAUUAAACACUGUGAUAAGGAGCAGCUCCUGUUUAACUUUUCUAUAGCAAAAUAUGUAAUAUUAAUGCAUCACAACAAUUAUUUUUUCUGCAGGCAGAGUUCUGAGUUCGAGCAUUUUGUAAAUACUUUGAAUAAAAGAAAAUCUUUA